UUAUUUUAAAUGUACUGUAAAAAUAUAUUACCUAUUAUUUAUUAAGUAUUAUGGUGAAUAUAAAGAAAUAAAAAAUAGAUUUAAAAAAAUACAUUAAAUGCAUGCAGAGUAAACUAAAUUAGGCAAUGUACCGAGUUAGAUUUAUUCGGUGGUGUUCGAUCAUUGUCGUUACGUCUCGGCUUAAUUCAGAUAAGUGCAGACAGGCGGACUGCCGAUAGACAGUGCGGUUUGUUGUUUUCAAUUUGACUUUCGGUUUGACUCGAUUCGAUUGACGAAGAUAGUGGUAGAGCAAUAGUCGCUACAACGUAAUGGCCAGAAAGGUAAAAUUUAAUACUCUUUUUUAGCCUUUGUAGUAAAUUUUUUUAUUUAUUUCUAGUAUUUACCCACAGAAUAAAAGAUGAGUAAAAAAAGAGAAUGCAAAUUUAAUGAAGAGCUAAGCAGAGAAUUUCCAUUUAUUAAAAAAACUAAAAUAGACUAUAUGGUACGGUGUGAUAAAUGCAAUGCUGAAUUUUCGGUCUCACAUGGUGGAAAAAACGAUAUUACUAAACAUCUAGCGACAAAGAGGCACAAAAGAUUUUUGAAUAAUGCCGCUUCUUCGUCUAAAAUGGAACAGUUUUUUCGCAGUGCUAGCUUUGGCAACACGGAAAAACAGCUAGCAUUAGCGGAAGGGCUAUUUGCUUUCCACACCAUAAACCACAAUCAAAGUUUCCGAUCAAUGGAUUGUACGUCGCAAAUGAUCAAAACAUUAUUCGACAAAAAAUUUGCAUGUGCAAGGACAAAAACCGAAGCAAUUAUUUGUAAUAUUUUUUCACCAUAUUCGUUUUCACAACUGCAGAAAGAAUUAGAAAAAUGCUCAUUUAUAUCCAUAUAUUCUGAUGCUUCCAACCACAAAGAUUUAAAAUUAUUUCCCACAAUUGUUAGAUUUUUUGAUCCGGAAACAGGAAUUAAAAUUAGAAUAUUAGAUUUUGUUUCAUUGCCGGGUGAAACUUCACAAAUAAUUUUUGACUCAAUAAGUACUAUUUUGAAAAAGAAUAAUUUGAACGAUAAAAUUAUUGCCUAUUGUGCGGAUAACACUAACGCAAAUUUUGGUGGAAAAGCUAGAAGAGGCAUCAAUAACGUUUUUACGAAACUUAACGAACAUUUGAACCAAAAAAUUAUUGGAGUAGGUUGUGCAGCUCACAUUCUACAUAAUGCUAUUCAAACAGCAUCUGACUUACUUCCAGUUGAUGUUGAAAAUAUUAUUGCAAAAAUUUAUUCGUAUUUUUAUAUAUAUACUGUGCGUGUUGAAAGUUUGAAGGAUUUUUGUGAAAUCGCAGAAAUCGAAUAUAAAAGAAUUCUUGGUUACAGCAAAACACGAUGGCUAGCUCUUUUACCAGCUGUAGAAAAUAUUUUAAAAAUAUACGAACCAUUAAAAUCAUACUUUUUAUCACAAGAUAAAUGUCCAAGAAUAUUGCAGCUCUUUUUUGAAAAUGGCACAUCACAAAUUUGGCUUCAGUUCAUUCACAACCAAGCUACAUUAUUUCACAAUGCUGUGAAAAUUAUUGAAGGGGACAAAAUUUCAAUUACGGAAGUGUCAAAUGAAAUCAAUAUUUUAAAAACAAAAUUACGAGAAAGAAUUGAUAACGAUUACAUUCCUUUAAUUAUUCGAAAAGACAUCACUAGGUUGGAAGAACAAGGUGCCAUUAAACGACCUGAUUUUUUGAACCAUGUCAAAAAUUUCUAUAAUAACUGCUUGGAAUAUCUUGAAGAAUGGACAGUUCAAUUCGAAGAUGUUAAAAAUUUUCAUUGGGUGACAUUAAAAAAGGAGAUUUUAUGGGAAUAUGUGGAAAAAUCUUUUGAAUAUAUUAGUAACCAUUUUCCGAAAAAUAAUAUUUGCGAAAAUGAUCUUUUUGAUGAGGUGUCAUUGGUAAAAAGAUAUGUUACAGAUGAAAAAAUUAAAUGUUGGUUGUCUGCAAAUGUGGAAACAGACAAAAAAUGGACGGAGUUAUUCCUUCAUUUUAAACAGAAUAAUAUUCCUUAUCAAAAUAUUUUGAAAAUUGUAGAAUUCGCGCUCUCCCUUCCGGGAACAAAUGCAGCAACAGAACGUGUUUUUUCUAGUAUCAAUAAAAUAUGGACAACUGAAAAAACGCAGUUGAACAUUAAAACUUUAAAAUCUAUUUUAAGUGUAAAAUAUAAUUUGACCAAUUCAUGUGAAAUAUUUCACGACAUUUUAAUAAAUGAUCCGAAUCUAUUGCAAAGUAUUCACUCGGAUCAAAAAUAUGACCGUGAAAGAAAAUCAUAAUUUUUUUUAAAUAAAAAAUUUAAUUUGAUUAAAAAUCAUAAUGUUCAAAUUAUUAUUUUUUACAAAUAUUUUUAUAGUCACCGAUAAUUAAUAAUAAAUACAUUUUUGUACAAGUAUAUGAAUGUAUACAAUAAAAUAUAUAUAACUAAAUUGUAAUUCUCAUUUCAUCCCAUUUGUCCCGCUUUGUCUCAGUGAAAAUGUGGUCACUUUA